UCAAAUGCACAUGUGCACGCGCUCCCGCUCGAACGAACAGGCUGCAGAGAGCUGGACCCGGUCCAUUCAUGGAGCAAUGUCGCAAUGUUCGGAGGGAGGGAGCCAGUGAGUGGCAGACAAGAAUGGAGAACUGAAUGAAUGUGACGAAGUGGAGGGCGAGGAACGCCGACGAUGUCUGUAGUGGCUAUGUCGAUCGAGCAGGAAGUACGUUGACGAACGACUGGCAGUUAGUUUCGCCGGGCUCUGUCGCGCAUCAUCGGUCCGAGGCCAGAAGAGAAGAGACGAGACGUGACGUGAAACGAGAAGGAAUCGAGCAAUGCGCUGAUCUUUUCUUAUGCGUUGUGAUGUGACGCGAGUCUCCGGAUCAUUUUCCUUCAGUUCGGGCUGCUCGGCUUUUGCUAUGUCGAAGAAGCGCGGGCUGUCCCUGGAAGAGAAGCGAGAGCAGAUGCUUCAAAUCUUCUAUGAGAGUCAGGGAUUUUACCAGUUGAAGGAUCUUGAAAAACUUGGGCCAAAGAAGGGUGUCAUCAGCCAGUCAGUCAAGGAUGUGGUUCAAAGCCUGGUAGAUGACGAUUUGGUUUUUUAAGGACAAGAUUGGCACUUCUGUAUACUUUUGGAGUCUCUCAAGUCGGGCAGGGAAUCAGUUAAGGCAAGUGCGAAUGAAGCUGGAAACCGAGUUGGAGGCAGCGAAAAAAAACGCCAAGCAGACUUGCAAACACAACGAGAGCUUGCGAAGAAGGGGAGAGAAGAUUCUAGUGAGCGAGAGUCAGCGUUGAAUGCUCUGAAUGAGCUUCAGAAAAAGCACAAGGCUAUCAAGGAAGAGCUUGAUCUAUAUGCCCAAAACGAUCCUGCUGUCUACGAAGAAAUGAGCAGCGUAACUGAGGUGGCGCACAAAGCUGUUAACCGGUGGACAGAAAAUAUUUUUUCUCUCCAGCAGUGGUGUUCGAACACCUUUCCUGAAGCGAAGGAAAUGCUAGAGCAAGCAUAUGCAAAGGUCGGAAUAAAGGAGGAUCUUGAUUACUUGGAUUGACGUCUACCUGCAGCACGAAAUUGGUGUUCAUUCUGCCAAGUCUCUUGUACAUUAUCUAGUCGAGCACAUAGAUCCAGAGGAGGCUCUUCGAUCUCGUCAAUUAAACCGAGGUAGCUCCAACGUAGGCCACUCCUACACGGCAGCUGGUGACGUUGUAAUACUAAAACGUUUGUAAAGUAGAUCUUUGUCUCAAUCAUAGAUGUAAAGCUUUGACACUUCGCCACUUUCGAGCAAUACCUGCGAGCAUUUAGGUGGACAGUGAUGUUUCUGCAAACUCAAUGUCGAGUGAAGAUGAAUUGGCCUGUCGAUGGCAGAUGGUCCUCAGAUCGUACGAAUAUUGUUCUAGACUUGAACAAACA